CCCUGCAGCCGCCGGCAGCGAGGCCACAGCCGGGGCCGGGGGCGGCGGCGCCCGCAGCCCGCCCGCCACCACCACCGCCACCACCAUGCCCUUUGACUUCAGGAGGUUUGACAUCUACAGGAAGGUGCCAAAAGACCUUACGCAGCCAACCUACACGGGGGCCAUUAUCUCUGUCUGCUGCUGUCUCUUCAUAUUGUUUCUCUUCCUGUCUGAGCUCACCGGAUUCAUAGCCACUGAAAUAGUGAACGAGCUCUACGUGGAUGAUCCAGACAAAGACAGCGGAGGGAAAAUAGAAGUGAACCUGAACAUCAGUUUGCCAAACCUGCACUGUGAAUUGGUUGGACUGGACAUCCAGGAUGAAAUGGGAAGGCACGAAGUGGGUCACAUUGACAACUCGAUGAAGAUCCCUCUCAAUAACGGGGAUGGCUGCAGGUUUGAGGGCCAUUUCAGCAUCAACAAGGUCCCUGGCAACUUCCACGUGUCGACGCACAGCGCGACGGCGCAGCCCCAGAACCCCGACAUGACUCACGUCAUCCACAAGCUCUCAUUUGGGGACAAGUUACAGGUCCAUAACGUUCACGGAGCCUUCAAUGCCUUGGAGGGAGCAGACAAGCUCAGCUCAAACCCCCUUGCCUCCCACGACUACAUCCUGAAGAUCGUGCCCACGGUGUACGAGGACAUGAGCGGCAAGCAGCGCUACUCCUACCAGUACACGGUGGCAAAUAAGGAAUACGUCGCCUACAGCCACACGGGCCGCAUCAUCCCGGCCAUCUGGUUCCGGUACGACCUGAGCCCCAUCACAGUGAAAUACACAGAGAGGAGACAGCCCCUGUACAGGUUUAUCACAUCGAUAUGUGCCAUCAUUGGAGGAACAUUUACUGUAGCUGGGAUCCUCGACUCCUGCAUUUUCACAGCAUCAGAGGCCUGGAAGAAGAUCCAGCUGGGCAAAAUGCAGUAGCAGUGAAACUCUACCCUCGACUCCAAGGACAGGAGCAAAGAUUGAGAAAUCUACCACUACCUGUUUUUUGUCUUUAUUUUCUAUUUGAUUCAAUCAGUAUGUUUUUUUUCUCUAAUCAGGCUGUUCAGUGAAGACAUCUUCAACAAAUCAAAGAAAUCUCCAUGCAUUUCAGAGCUCUGAGAGGGAAAAAUCAGUGCAAUCAGGGUGUGGAUUUCGAUUCCCUCCCCCCAGAAAGAGAGGUUGAAAUGCCACAUCAGGUCUAAGUAAGGAUGGCAGCCUGUCCUCUGGGAGCUUCCUAUGGCAGUGUACACACGAGGGUGGCAAAGGGCUGAACUGUCCUGUGGCACUUUCUGGGGUUCUGUUGGGUUUGCGUGAUCAGACAAUCGACCUUUUGUAUAGGGCAAAGUUACACAUGAGGAAGAAAUUCCACCCGUGGUGCCAAAAAGGUGAUGUAUCUGUUGGUGAGGAAUGGAAAGUGUUAGUCCCACACAGCAAACCUAAGAGACAGAGGGCAGAAAUAACAAACCAAGAAAUGUUUUGUUAUUGGAAGCUCAGUUGUUCAGAUACAACCUUUCUAACAAAGUGAGAAAAGGAGAAGAGGAAGCCUUCCCCAGCUACCUUUUCCUGGUGAUCCUAGCAGUGGAGGGCAUUUCUUUUACUCUGGAUGUAAAAAAAGUGGUUUCAUUUCUUCCCACUGACUGAAUAUCCAGUCUUGUGUUUACAGGUGGCAUGAAGUAAAAACCAAACUGAGCAACA